CCAAGAUGGCGGUGGCGUUAUAGCUUCCUUGAGUUUCUCUGUAUAUUUGGAAGUUUAGAAUGAUUAUCUCAAGUCAAUAAGCAGACCAUUUACUGUGUGCAUGAUUCUUGCUGUGUUGUUUGGGGUAUUUCAUAUGUAAAGCUGCACAAUGAGCGGCUGGGCCGGUUUUUCUGACGAGGAGUUACGGAAGAUGCAGCAGAAAGACUCAACAUUCCCCGCAGCGGCAACCCGCGGGCGGAAAUCUGGUCCAGCCAACCGGAGUCGGCAGCAGUUGCAGCGGGAGAAGGCCCUUCAGCUGGCCGCUCAGAAAAACGCAGGAGCCGGGUCUCCUUGCCUCCCACCGGAGCAACAACUCACCAAACCGCCGCCGCCGAAGGAAGAGCCUCAGCCUCAGCCCACAGCUCCAACAGCAGCUCCGGCUGUCAAACAGGAGGUGCAGCAGACACCUAGCGAGAUGAAGCCGCCUCCAGAGGAGGAGACCCCGGCCGUCAAAGAGCUGGAGAAACAAGAGGUGGCACUACGGGAAAAGACGCGUCUGGAGCAACUGCAGCAAGAGCAAAAGAUAAUGGAAGAGAGGAAUAAGCGCAAGAAGGCUCUGCUGACGAAAACUAUUGCUGAGAAGUCCAAACAGACUCAGGCAGAGGCUGUGAAGCUGAAGAGGAUUCAGAAGGAGCUCCAGGCUCUAGAUGACAUGGUGUCCAAUGAUAUCGGCAUCCUGAGAGGCAAGAUUGAGCAAGCCAGCUGGGACUACUCCACUGCCAGAAAGCGUUAUGAUAAGGCGGAGGCGGAGUACGUGAUGGCCAAGCUGGACCUGCACAAGAAGACAGAGGUGAAGGAGCAGCUGACGGAGCACCUCUGCGCCAUCAUCCAGCAGAACGAGCUGCGUAAAGCCCACAAGCUGGAGGAACUGAUGCAGCAGCUGCAGCUUCAGGCCACCGAGGAAGAGCUGGAGAGGCAGAAGCAGCAUGAGGAGGAGCAGGAGAAGAGGAAGACAGAAAGCUGUGUGGAAAGGCAGAGAGACGGGAAACAGGGAAACGGCUCAGUGGAGAAUCAGGAGGGGACAGUGCAAUCAACCAAAGACUGUACAGCCACAGAGGGAGAGGCUGUGGAGGAGAAGGGAGGUGGCGUUCAGCAAGAGCACCACCCGAUGACUGAAGUGCCAAAGACUGAACAAGACUGUAAAACAUUAGAAAACUGUGUCCAGAGUGAAAUUAUGGCUUCCUGAUGCUCAGAAAAUAAAGAUGUCAGCUGUGAAAUAUCAGGACAUUAUCACACGUCGCAGUGUAGGGAUUCAUAUAAAACACUAAUGCUAAUGUUUUCCACCAAUGUCUGCUUGAUAUGUGAUGCUGUAUGUUGAUGCUGUCAUAUCCAGGGCGGGGUAUUAGCAUCAAUACUUCUUGGUACCAACCAAAAUGAGCUCUAACAACCCUGUCUCCUAAAUAUCAUGCUCUUAUACUACUAAAUGUUUUUGCUUAAUAUGUUGUGGAGCAAACAUCAUUGCUGGAUUGCUCACUGGUUACAAUUUGUCUGAUGUUGUGGUACCACCCACAGUUAGUAGGGAAGUGGUCUGAGUCAGUGGUGAACAUACAAACCAAGAAACGGUUUCUGUCGCGCAUGCCAUUAAUUAUUAUAUAUCAUGGUUUGGUAUGGUUGGUGAUUGUUUUGGUUGUUAAAUAUUGGAAAAAGUAAGCACGUUCAGUGAGCUUUUGACUUUUUCAAUAUUUAACCCAGACCCUGCAGUCAAGUUUUGUCCUAUUUUUCUCAGUUAGCUCCCAACAGUGGCCUAGCUGUCACACAUUUUAAAGUUAAAUUAUAGAAAACAUUGGUGUUGGAUCGGUAUUGAAGGAGAAAGGUCAAAAUCAGAGUAUCCCUAUUUUUAUCUAUGCAGAUAUUUUCGUGACAAACGUGUUGUGAUGUUAAAACAUCAUAAUCGGGGCGGUUUCACAUAUCCUUCAAAAGUUAUUUACUGUCGCAGAUUAGUAAUAUAUGAACGUCAUUUUUACUAAACGAUCAAGUAAAGUUGGCAUCAAAUUUCUGGUGGGACUUAAGAUCAUGUGUACUAGUAUGGACAAUUUUAGACUGUACUUUAUUUAGGCCAACUUCUUCCAGGUUGCUUGUACUUGCUUGCUUCUUUUGUAAAUGAAAAAAAGAGACUUUGUAGAAAGGUAUCAGGUGGAAAACACAUUGUCUCAGUGAAACUUGAGUGUCUUAUCAGCACUAGUAUUGAAAACAAAACAACACCAGCCUUCAAUGUAUGUGUACCUGCAGCAUCUGACAGAAUCAUAGUCAGCAGCAGAGUGAAGCAGAGUAUCUUGCAGCCAUUAUCCGCGAUGGCUGGCUUUUUAUGUGUGUGCUUCCAAAAACAGCUCUUCUUCCAAACAUGUGGUUUUACAUCAUAUGUGAAUUAUCUCUCUGAGCAAAGGUUAUAUUCAAAAGAUGACUGUUUUUGAUUGUUGUCGCUUUGUGGCAACAAUGAAAGAUGGGUCCUGUUUACUUCCUGGAAAGUCUCAGUUUCAUGCAGAUGGAAAGAGGCCUGAAUCCAUUUCUAUUCCAAACAUAAACCCUGCUGUCUUAUGUGUUGUAGAUGAACAUGUUAGCUGGCGCUGGGCUCGCAUUUCACAAAGCUAAUUCUCGUCUUGUCAGUGCAGCUGAGGAGCAGUGGGCCUCCUGAAUGGUAAGAUGAUAUCUGUUAAUGUAUGUACAGAUGCUUUCAGCUGCAUGUGUUUCUGCAGAGUCGACUUUCUCUCGCUGCACACGAUGUCGAAAAUAAUAUAUGACAAUAAUGUUAAACUUUAUAUAUGUGGGCCUGACCAAAGCCUGAUUGUAUGUUCUGAAGCAAAUGACUGAUGCAUAUAAAAACUUAUUUAAGUGGGGUAAAUAUUUAAAAAGGUGAUAUUUAGAUAUACACUACAGUGUGAUAUUUUACUAAAUAAACUCUUCAGGGAGUGUGUUUUCUGGUGCA